UGAUGAACGGAAUGGAUGAAACACAGAAAUCAUGGUGGGGCCCACAGAGCACCGACCAUCAGCCACCGGGCUGGCGGCAGGGGAGUAGCCAAUCCGUUUCCGGUAAGGCCCGUACCGUCUUGGGCCGGGGUCUUUCCUAAUCCGCUCUCCCUCAACGCGGGCCACUCGUACUCUGUUCAUCCACCGCAACUGAAUUCUUGGCAUCUCCCAUCCCAGCUGUACGGACAGACGCCCCUCCAAUGGCCACGUUUCUCGCUACCACAACAGCAGCAGCGCAUCCCACCAUCACUACCUGCCGUUUCUCUCAUUCCCCUCCUCGGGUGUAGUGCAUGGCUACAAGGAUUGAACAUUGGAACUUUCGGGAUGAAGAAGCUGAAAGCAUUUCUUUCGAUGACCUCGUCAAAAUGGGGAAGGAGGAGAACUUUAAUCUGUGCAGUCAAUCAGGAUGCUGAAGAAUCAUUUAGAAAGACCAUUGAAGUGGAUAGACUGAUAGAUACGCUGAGGAAUGCAGAUGCAAAUGAACUUCAGAGGCUUGUUGUGGAAAAUGUCUUGGCAUUCAAUGAGAGUUUCUGGAUUCGGCUAGCGGCUAGAACUGAUACGUGCAAAUCUGAUGAUGAUAAAAAAGAUUAUGAGGAAUUGGCUUUAUCAGUAAUGAGCAUAGUUGAUCGCCUUGUCCAUAAGACCAAUGAGAAAAUAGAAUCCUCAACAGACGUUCUUAAGGAAAUCUUAAGACCUUUAAUGGAUGAAGUCGAAGAGAUAACAUGGCCACCAAGGGAUCCCAAGUCUCUCAUUCUGAUGGAGAAAGAGUUGGAACAAAGAGAACUAGAAGGGCAACUAGAUGAAGGGUUUCUUUCAGAAGUCAAUGCACAAUUACGGCAAGCAAAAGAAGAUGGGGAUAAGCCAGGGCUUCAAGCUAUGUUGCAAAAAGUUCUUCAACUCUAUGCAUCCAAAGUUUUGUCAAAGCGUAGCUAUGCAUACAAAGGAAAUGAAGUUUUAAGGGCUGAGAAAUUCCUUGAGUCUAUAAUCCAAGCACCCGAAGAAGAUUGGAAUAGGCUCCUGAUCAAUGGACUGACGUUAGGAAAAGGAGAAGUUUCACCUGAGGAAUUCUAUGCUGUUAUUAAGAAACGGAUCGAGCGGACACUGAUUCGAACGGAGGGUGGUUCUUACCAGCAGCGAAUCCUGACUGAAUAUCUAAGAGGCAUCCAAUCGCGAACAGAGGAAAUCGUCCAAGCUCUUCAGGGUCAACAGCAGUGAUUCGUGACCCCAGUCUGAUUCAUGGUGACAUGGUCCGGAGGAAUUCGACGUAGAUCCUUUCACGUUAAUGUAUUCAUUCAUCUAAUGAUCAUUUUUGGUUGUCAUGAAAAAAAUAUAUAUAAAAAAAUCAGAUGGGAAGGAUGGUUUUCUACCCGAAUUUAUUA